AUGAAGUCAAACGAUCUACCCUGGAAAGACGUUGCAGAAAGAGCAGAGAGUGUCCAGCACGUUAAUGCAGUUGACAGUAAAGCGGCAGUCAAGCGUUCCAAGGUUUUGCUAAAGUUCAUUAAAAUGAAACUGAAGCGAAAAGCUAAAUACCCGUCGGAUGCAAUUGUGUCUCGCAUUUGCAAAGCCGAGUUCCUUCCAGUUCUGGAAAAACCACCGUCAUUCCCCCUCCCCUGGAAGAGCGAGGAAUAUCGAGGAUUUCAAAGGCUCCUGGCAGCACCAAAGGAUAUCUUUCUUCAGGAUAAGAGGUCCCUUGUGUGUUGCACGGAGCUACUUGUCGAUCUGGACGUCCCCAGUAAAGUGGCAGAGCUCCUCAAGUUACAUGACAAAUACGUUACGACACAGCACGUUGUCAAACAACUUGAAGAAGCUAUUUCUACUGACCUAAAUAAGAUGGAUACUAACACUUAUGAAGAAGUCAGCCGCGUUUGCACAGAAGCUUAUUCUUUUCUACAAGAAAAUUUUGCCAACUGUACCCCCUUUGUCAAGGAUUUUCUAUCUACGAAGCGAUUUAUUCUAGUGGAAAGGCGCUUUCUCCCUGCAAAUCUUGUCGCAUUUGAGGUGAAAACGGACUGUUCCCCGUACCUUACCCAAGUUCCAGAUUAUUUAUCCGAUUCUUUUGGCAAACUCCUGAAAUUUUGUGGUGUCAGGAAGCAGUUUGAACCAAACGACUUCAUUUCAAGCCUUCGAGAAAUAAGGGGACAGUUCGGUGAAAACCCACUUGACGAACGAACAUUACAGGUAGUUGUGAACAUGGUGAUUCAACUCGGAGAGACAUCUGAAGAGUCUAAGGAUGACCUGGACAACGGACAAGAGGGCUGUGGUUUGGUUUUUCUUCCUGAUUCCAGACGCAGAAUGUUUGCAGUAGCUGAUCUGUGCUACAAGGAAUGUCCGUGGAUGCCUGAUGAUCCAGAGGAGCUGUUUGUCCAUGAGAAGAUUCCCUGGUCAACCUGUAAGAAACUGGGGGUUAAAACUCGCAGAGAAGGAGCUCUGCAACAUCACGAUGUUGGUUUUCCUUUUGGGCAAAAAGAAGAGCUCACUGAUCGAUUAAAACGGAUUUUGACAGGUUAUCCAGGUGAGAAAGAAAUUUUAAAAGAGCUUCUUCAAAAUGCAGACGACGGUCAAGCAACUGAGAUUUGCUUCAUUAUAGAUCCUAGAAACCAUCCUGAAGAGAGGGUGCUCAAAGAGAGCUGGAAAGCCCUGCAAGGUCCUGCACUUUGUGUGUACAAU